CAACAAAAAAGAAAAAGAUCUCAAAUACGAUCUGAAAAAUAAUGAUGAUGGGAAAUACAUUUGGUUCAAGUUUGGCGAGUUUAUUCUUCUUGUGGGCAACUAUUCAACAAAUCUUCCCAAACCAUCUCAGAAUCGCCAUUAAAGAGUUUCUUAUCUCCACAAUACAACAACUCUCAUUUGUCCAGAGAUUUUCCGACAGAUUCAUCAACUUCUUUUCGCCUUAUGUCGAAAUCAGCUUCUCUCAAUACGAAGAUUAUCAAUUCAAUCACGCAUUUGCAGCCAUUGAGACUUACCUUGGGGCAAAAGCAACUGAUAAAGCCAAGCAUCUAAGAGCAAGCCAAGUUAAAGAGAGUAAAGGUUUGGUCUUGAAACGAGACGAGACUAAAGUCCGAGAUGAGUAUGAAGGAGGUACUGUCUGGUGGGAGAUGGAAACCGACUCCACAGGAUAUAGAACAUUCAAACUCACUUUCCAUAGACGCUCGCGAGAUAUUGUAACCGACUCUUACAUAAAAUAUGUUUUUGAAGAAGGCAAAUCGAUUCAAGCCAAGAGCAAGCAGAUGAAGUUGUUCACAAAUAAUCCGAGUUCUCACUGGGGCACUAGCAAGAAGAGUUUUUGGAGAUAUAUUGAUUUUGAGCAUCCCGCAAGUUUUCACACGCUAGCUAUGGAUACAAAGAAGAAAGAGGAGAUCUUGAAUGAUCUUGCUGCGUUUAGCAAUGGUAAAGAGUAUUACAAGAAAAUAGGUAAAGCUUGGAAGAGGGGUUACUUGCUACAUGGACCACCAGGGACCGGUAAAUCAACAAUGAUCGCUGCAAUGGCGAAUCAUUUAAACUAUAGUAUCUAUGAUCUUGAACUCACGGCUAUACGUAACAACUCGGAGUUGAGGAAGCUACUCACUGCUACUUCUAGCAAGUCGAUCAUCGUGAUUGAAGAUAUAGAUUGUUCUUUGGAUCUUACGGGAAAGAGAAAGAAAGAGAAAAACUUGAUGACCUCGAGAGAAGAUGGAGAACAAGGUACCGAAGAAGACAAGAGUUUUGUAACACUCUCGGGGCUUUUGAACUUCAUUGAUGGCAUUUGGUCUGCUUGUGGACAAGAGAGGAUUAUUAUCUUCACUACGAAUCACUUUGAGAAACUUGACCCGGCUUUGAUCAGGAGAGGGAGAAUGGACAUGCAUAUUGAGUUGUCAUACUGUUCUUUCGAGGCGUUUAAGAUUCUCGCCAAGAACUAUCUUGAUCUUGAUACUCAUCCUCUAUUCAAGAAGAUCGAAUCAUUAUUGAAGGAAACGAAGAUCGCACCAGCUGAUGUUGCUGAGAACUUGAUGAAGAAGAAUACUGAAAUAGAUGCUGAUGGAUCUCUUAAAGAUCUAAUUCAAGCUCUGGAGGGGAAGAAGAAGAUUCAUGGAGCUCAAGUAGAUGAACCGAAGGACAAAUAUACCAAGAAGUUUUAUAAAGCAUUUUGCAUGUCAUCUAAAGCCUGAUUUCUCAUUUCUAUUGUUUUUAAUUUCCUUCAUAUCAUUAGACUCGAUUGCUAAAAGUUAAGUUCGGCAGUUAUACAAAAAUUGUUGUACUUGUAAAUUUUUAUAAUUAAUAGUAUUCAUUAUUC